AUGCCUUGCCUUACGACUCCAGCAAAAGUGCUUAUCACAGGGGUGAACGGUUACCUUGCAGCACAUGUCGCCAAAGACUUGCUCGAACGCGGUAACAUUAUCGUCGGGACCGUCAGAUCUUCGGCCAAGGGGGACGAGAUGGCCAAGCGCCUCCAUACAUACGGAAGCAGGUUCAGCUAUGUCGUGAUCCAGGAUAUGGCUCAACCAGGGGCCUUUGACGAAGUCCUACGUACUGGAGAUUUUGAUGGUGUUGCGCAUAUAGCAGUCCACGUUUCUUGGGAUUCUACGCCAUUCACUGGUGCAUCUGGUUCACCCGAUAUUUCGACUGAAGGAACUUUAAAUAUUCUGAGAGGAAUCCAGGCCCAUGGACCUGGGGUAAAACGAGUGGUAUUGACAUCCACCAGUUUAGCCGCAGUGCCAUCCCAGCCUGGUUCGAAAGAUAGCGAAGUUCGCUGGGACGACGAUGCCGUGCGCAUAGCUCAAGAGAAAGGUUCCGAGGCAUCCAUCAUGGAGCGUUAUAAAGCCAUGAAAGUCUGGUCCGAAAAAGCGGCUUGGAAAUUCGUUGAGGAUAACAAAAGCAAGAUCAACUUUGAUUUAGUAACCAUCCUGCCGGGCUUAAUUACCGGAACGCCGGUCAAUGAUAGUACACCCCUCGAACAACUAUCGUCAUCCAACCAUCUUUUUGAGCAAUUACGAUCGCCGCCCGCGGACGAGAAGCUCGGAGAUGCUGCACAGAUUGUAAUUCAUGCAAAGGAUGCAGCGGCAAUUCAUUCCGAAGCAUUCUUUCAUGAAGAAGCUGCAGGUCGUAGGGUGCUGGCUAUCACGUCUCAGCCAAGCUGGCAAGAUAUAUAUAAUGCUCUCAACGAGGAGCCUGCUUUCCCUGGGUUCCCUAAAGGAAGGCCGGGAGUAGGAGAGCGACAUGACACUGGAUCAGAGGAGUGGAAUCUAGCUUUCACUAUGGCCCUAUUGGGAAGAGAAGCAAUCGGUGCAAAAGAGACGAUCAGGGAGAUCGCAGCUUAUUUCCACAAAGCAGGCUGGAGGUUUACCAAGGAGUAG